AAGCGUUUCAUCCAUGGAAAUCGCGUCCGUUCAAGAAAAACUACCAGAAUGCUCGCCAAAUCUCAUGCCAUUCCACCUUUCGUAUUCAGGUCUUGCUCCUAUAUCCACGUAUUUCCGCGUCAAACCUCCGCCGUCCAAGUCUUUAAUGGCGACUAGCACCAGCCUUACUGCAGAGACAUCUCAAAUGAGCAUUUCAUCAUCUACUACAGUUGUAGAAAGUCAGAGCACUUCUGCUGAUAACGCCUUGAUACAAACCCAAAGCAGCGUAGGAACGCUUUUCGCACAAAAUGACCACGUUAUGCUUGAGCAGGGCUCCCUGUCAGUUGUUCAAGGCACUUCUGGUACCGAAUCCACCCUGCCGAAUACGCAUUCGGGGGAACAGGGAGGGAGCAAGGAAGAUUUGGGCCGUUUUGUGGCUAGCUUUAGGGGAAGACUGAUGCAAGGGGUGAAUGUAGACCUUCCCGAAGGAUACGGCGGCCUUGUUCUACGCUCUCCCAAUGCUGCUGCUGGGAACACCUCUGCGACAAUCAUACCCAUAAAGACGAGAGGGACUAAACCACGGUCUAAAUCGAGACCAGGGAUUGGUGCUAGGGCAACUCGAAGGAUCACUCGUAAUGCGAAGGAUGAUAUUGAACCUCAGGAUGAUAACGAUAUUGAUGACAAUGCAGACGAAAUUAGAGGUGGGAAAUACACGGAUGAGGACAAUACCAUUACUCGCAUCCUAAAGCCAACAGAAAUGUUCUCUUCGUUUGUACUGUGGUCUCCAGAUAAUCCUGUUGACGCAGGAAAAGACGAGUAUCUGCGAUCCUUAACGGAAUGGACCAGGUUGGCUGCUGAGAUACACCGUUAUGAUGAAUAAGGAGAAGUACCGUCGUAUCCGUGAUGUCAAGACUACCAUCUCGACGCCCAUGUUGACAUUUCAGGCGCUUCCCGCCAUUGCGUAUCAUUUAUAGAUGAUUCUGACUUUAGGUGUACGUACCACCGGCCCCUUCGCACGAUGUAUUCCGUGCCCGAGCUCUUUCUCCAAAGCUUACGAGGAUGUAGAUACCAGUCUUGCCUCGACUGGAACUGUGAAUUUAUUGACACGAAUAUUUUGUAUGAA